AUGGAGCCUGGACAAAGGAAGUCGAUUGCUUUGACCAAGUUUCAGCAGGCAGGGAAGGCCACCAUCGAUAAGAUCAAGAAGCAGAAGUCCGAAUCGAAGGUGCCCAAACAACAGGGCUUCGAUGUGGUUCAGAUCGGAAGUCUUCUUUUUGCCGCGUGGAUAGUGCUUUGGAUAGUUGCAGCUUCCGUAAUAUCCGCCGUGUUCUUCGUGCGCUACAUCGGCAUUGUCGAGGACAACCAGGCCUGGUACCUACAACACGGCAGCGCGCGUUCUGCAGCGGCAGAGACCACUGCCGUGCUGCAAGCUGCCAUUGAGGCGAAAGAAGCAUUGAUUGCCUCGAUUAAUUUCGGGCUCAUCAAGACAAGCUAUGACUAUGCAGCAAUUGAAAGCACCCUGGCACCAACGCUUCUGCUACAGCCCUUCCUGCGCACCUUUGACAUUACCUUCUCUGACAGAACAGCAGGGCUCCAUAUCCGCCAUCAAGCAGGAGAAGGAGGACGGCAGUUGAUUCUCCAAUCAAAUGCCGAAGACUGUUACCUGCUCGGAACACAGGACGGCAGCUGGCCAAACUUUCGUGGGAGUCUCCAAAAAUUAGGGAUACCCUACUUUGGGGUCCAUAUAGUGAAGAUCCUACUUUCUAGGGUACUACAUUAG